CCAUUUUUCUGUGUCACUCUCACUCUCAAUUUCUUGUUCCUUUGAGCCCUAGAAUCUCCCGUCGCUCAGAUCUCUUUCGGCGCGUCAGAUUUCUUCUUCCCUGAGAAACCCUAGUCUUAUUUAUCGCCUUCCUCCGAGCCCCCACAUCGUUCUCCUCGUCGCCCCGAGACUUGCUCUCAUCAUCUUGUCAUCGGUAUUUGUCUGUGCGCCUGGUUUGAAGUUUGCUGGCCUUGCUAUUUUCCCGGUCGAUUAGGGUUUUCUGUUCGAAUAUUGUUUCCGUUCGAUGGUGAAGACUCUGGAUAUGACGUUGGAAGACAUUAUCAAAACCAACAGGAGGAACGGCGGGGCCAGAGGCCGAGGCCGAGGCCGUGGUGGUGGGGUUGGUGGUGGUGGUAGUGGUAGUGGUGGUGGUGGGCGAGGAGGCAGAGGCGGCGGGUUUGGUCGCACAAGGGGCGCCGGUCGGGCAGGUUUGAGGCAGGGGCCGCUCCGGGUGAAUGUUCGGCCCUCAUCAUAUGCGAUCGCCAAGACUUUCAGCAGAUCAAAGGAUAUGAUAUGGCAGCAUGAUUUGUUUGAGGAUAGCUUGCGAGCCGCUGGCAUUGAUAUGGGGGCAAAAUUAUACAUUUCAAACCUUGAUUACGGGGUGACAAAUGAGGAUAUUAAGGAGCUUUUUUCGGAGAUUGGAGACAUCAGACAUUUUGCAGUACAUUAUGACCGUAGUGGUCGCUCAACUGGCACAGCAGAAGUUGUAUAUUCAAAGCGAAGUGAUGCGAUAGCAGCCAUGAAGCGUUACAACAAUGUUUCAUUGGAUGGGAAACCAAUGAAGAUAGAAUUGAUUGGUAAUGAUACUGGUGUCCCCGUUUCAGCUCGUGUUAAGGUCACCGGUGGAGCUAAUGGAAGAGGCCGGAGGACAGUGGUUAUGGAGCCUGAGCGAGGUCGAAUUGCUGGAGUGGCUAAUGCCCUGAAUCCUAAUGUGGGAGGGUUCCGUGGAGGUCGAGGUCGUGGUCGUGGUCGUGGUCAGAGCCGUGGUGGCUGGGGCCGGGGUCGGGGUCGUGGCCGUGGCCGUGGCAAUGCUGCUGCACGAGGUGGGCGUGGAAGGAGGCAGCUGCAGGAUAAAUCUGCAGAUGAUUUGGAUAAGGAAUUGGAGGAGUACCAUGCUGAAGCCAUGCAAACUAAUUAAGCAGUUGCAUGUCUCUUGCCAGGUGUGGAAUAGGGUGGUGGUACUGGUGGGUUGCUUGUAAAAUAGGGAAUGAACUUGAUUAGGUGGUUGGCUAAUGUACGUUCUAGGCUUGCUUCCCUGCUUUAACAAUAUUUUCCUCGUUCGGGCUGAGAUGGUGAAUGUUCAGAUUCCAUAUAGCUGGUGAAAGUUAGCAUAUGCUUAGUUGCUUCUC